UGCUACCCAAUGUCAUCAUCGAAUAAGAAAUCGUGUGACUGAACAACUUUUAUAGGUUAUAUGUAUAUAUGAUAUAUAUGGGCAUUUUUAUAGUACCGUGGUGGUUGCUUAUGGUUUGAUCGCAUCAAGUGUUUAUAUGCGAAGAAUCUAAAGAAUGCAAACAUGGAUCAAGAUUUGCUGUUAAGUUUUAAAAAUAUAACCUAACCAUGGAGUACGUGGGUGAACUAAUAACCCUUGGUAUUGAUAGUAUAAUUUUUGGUAUUUGCCUGAAACAGUACUUGUAUUGCAAAGAUGCUAUUGCUGCUGUAAAGAAAGCAGAUUUCUAUGAAAUAGGUUCAUCUUUGGAAGAAGCUGUAAGUAAUUCUAACAACAAAAUAGAAUAUGUAGCUAUCAGGGGUACAGUAAAGUCUUUGGGCAAACCAUUACAUAGUAUUAACAGAAAAGAAAUAACUGGAGUUUUACAAAAACUUAGUAUCAAGGAACAUGUGGUCGCCAGAACUACAGCAGGCUUUUGGUCAAACCAAGAACACACAAUGCAAAAGAUAUAUAAUACAAUACCAUUUGUUUUACAAAAUGGCCGAUAUAAAGUAGAAGUUCUCGAUCCAUUAUCAGCAGAUAUUUUAGACAUGGAUGUUAUCGCGGAUUAUUUUGAACCUAACGUACCUUCAUUCUCUGAUCAUUUAUGGGGUUUCUUUACAGGAGUACGUCAACGUGGUUUACAAAAUACGGAAGAAAUGCUCCGUGAAGGUGUUGUUAUGACAGGAAUCGGAGAAAUUUCAUUGAUAAAUAAACAAAAUUUAUUAAGUUUACAACCUCCAGCCGAUGGUUCUCCAUUUUACUUAACAACUAUGUCUAUUACUUCCUUAAUUAAAAAGUUAGAUGAACGCAAAAAAACAUACAAAUGGCUGUGCUUUAUAUUUGGUGCAAUUAUAUUAUUAAUUAGUGGAGUAGUAGCUCGGCGUUUUUGGAAAACUAGACAGGAGAGAAGAUUAGCAGAACAAUUAAGAGAAAAUCUUGCAGCAUCUCGCAGACAAAGACGACAAUUCGUAAGAGAUUCGGAUCUCAGAGAAGACCAAUUAUGUGUAGUUUGCCGCACAAAUCCUCGAGAAAUUAUUUUAUUACCAUGUGGACAUGUAUGUUUAUGUGAAGAUUGUGCGGACGGUAUUAUUAAUCAAUGCCCUAUAUGUAGAGAAAAAAUUGUCCAAAAAGCUGCAGCGUACAUAAUCUGAUUCUAAUUCUAAUGUAAGUAUAGUAUAUUAAAUUAAAAUUCAUAACGAACUGAUAUAACUAAUUUGCAUUGAAAAACUUUAAAACAUGAGCAAACGAAUAAGAAAUUGAAAUAACAAACUUGCAUAGAGAUAUACUUGUUCUACUAUCUUUGAUGUAAAUAUAGAAAAUUACUACGAUAAAAACAUAUAAUUAAAUAUCAUAUUUUUGUAUAAUAAAAAAUUGUAAUUACAGAA